UUGGCAUGGAAUGCCACUGGAUCAACAACAACAAUAUGUGUUGUUGGUUUCGCUAAGGGAGUUGAAGCUGUAUCCUUAAAGUGAAAGUUGGGGUGAAAGGAACACGAAUAAUAUUUUAGUUAGCUUCGAGCGCUUAAUCGCGGAGUGAAAUUCGGAUAACUUUUACUGGGGUACGCGUAUUGAUGUCUAUUCAGUAUCCAAGCAACAUUCGUCCCAGUUCUACCAGAAACUUGUUCUGUCUCAAGUCUGCUGCUAGUGCACUUUGAAAAUUAUCUUUCAUUAUCUAACGUUUCCCAUUCUACGCAACGGCGUGUUACAUCUUAAAAAGUACGACCUUUAGCCUUUUUAGUGAUUCCCCCAAAACAUCUGCGCUGUUUUUUUAUUAUUGGCUUCAGUUGUUAGUGUAAACCGAACGGUCAGAGAGUACGACUCUGCUCGUUUGUACAUUAUUUGUACUAACUUUCCACUAAAAUGGAUCUCCGUCAGCUGAACGAGGACCAGAAAGUUGCUUUAAAACAGUUCCGCGAAGCGGUCAAAGACUGCGACCUACCAGAUUCGGACGACACCUACCUUCUGCGCUGGCUCAUCGCUCGUCAGUUUGACUUGGCCAAAGCUGAAAAGAUGCUUCGGAAUAAUUUGGAAUCUCGUCGCUUCUAUCAAAUCAACCCGUGUCCAGAAAAUUACGUUGCGCCAGAAGUGUUGGUCAAGUACUAUCCUUGUGGCCAACUGGGCGUGGACAAAUACAACAACUUUUUGAUGCUUAUUCGAUUUGGAUUGAUUGACGUCAAGGGCCUCUUGCUUUCGGAAAAGCCGAGAGUUUGUUUGACAUACAUGUGUGAACAAUUAGAGAAGGUUUACUUCCUGGCUAAAAAGGAUCCCAAGAAAUACAGGAGCUCCCCAACUGCCAUCUCGCAGUCAACUAUUAUUAUGGACAUGGAUGGAUUCUCAAUGCGUCACAUUACUUACAAACCGGCCCUGGACACCACCGUUAAAGUGGUUCAAAUCAUCGAGGGAAUGUACCCGGAAAUGCUCUAUCGUGUAUACAUCAUCAACGCACCCAAGAUUUUUUCGGUUUUGUAUUCAAUGAUAUUACCCUUCAUUGACGAGCGAACUAGGAAAAAGAUUCAGAUUUUCAGUCACGAUUCUAAACAAUGGCAAGCGGCCAUUCUAGAAGAUGUCGCUCCCGAAGAGUUGCCCGUCAUUUACGGUGGAACCAAGACCGAUCCCGAUGGAAAUCCCAACUGCAUCACGUUGGCAAAUAUGGGAGGAACCGUUCCAAAAUCUUAUUACAUGAGUAACAAACUCGAUAUGAGCAAUAAGAAGUCUUUGUCGGUUUCUAGAGGAGGUAAGGAGACACUGGAAAUUCAAGUCAAAGAAGCCGGAUCCAUCCUUAAAUGGGAUUUUCAUUCUGAAGACAACGAUAUCUCAUUCGCCGUGUAUCGGAAACAAGGCAGUGAAUUGCUCCCCAUCAUUCCACCAAAUCGGGUCGAGUGUGCCAUGUCUGCCGAAGAAGGAGAAAUAUAUUGUAACGAAACUGGAACUUAUGUAGUCGAAUUCGACAACAGCUUCAGCUAUUUCCGCUCUAAAAAGAUUUGGUUCUCAGUUACGGUUGAAUUGACAUCGAUAAACAAGGAAGAGUGAUAUGCACGGCUAUCUACAUCAUCUACAUAAAGUGCCAUAUUAUUAGACAAUGUGAGUCGAAAAAAUUGGUGGUCCUUUUUUUCAUUUUUAACAUUUGAUAAAACAAUCCUUGUAGACACUUAUUAAAUUGACUUAACUUGAUUUAAUUAAAGUUUAUUGAAAAAUAGCUUCAUUUAAACAAAGACAAUUGGUCAUGCUCGAGUGAACUAGACUAUCUAGGUGGUGUCCCCUAUGUUAUACUCCCCCCCACACUGAAAUAAAAUGUGAUCACGAUAAAAGGUAUAGCAAAAGUUAAUAAAAAAACGACGCAAUCAAACCAUUGGAGAAAAACUUCGCAGAAAAAAGUGGCAUCAUUUUUUACGUUCGGUGAUCAGUGACAGUGUGUACGUGAGUAGGGCUUACUAGAAGCAGACAAUUUCUGUUGUCAUACUGCAAAGUGACUAAUACAGCUUCGGAAGCGGAAUUUUGUCAAUCUACAGCUUUUCAUGGCAUAAUAUUAUUAUUUUUUUUGUACUUUUUAACGCUUUUUAAACAACUUCGCUCUUGCCGCCGAGGUUUAAAAACUGGCAGAGUGGCAGCAUCGCUUAGCAGUUUCCACAAAAAUUCGUCUGAAGUCUGCAUUCUGCAUGACUUCUUCAAAGUCAUAUUUAACGAGGUCCUGUCGCUUGUUUCUAAUUCAUUAGAAGACAAAGUCUACCGGAACAUCAAUAAGGUGAGAAGGUCGCUCUCGGAUCUGCUACUUGCCUACGUUCACAGUCGGAGUUUAGCCGCUUGCUUCCCGCUCUGGCUCUUUGAAGUUUGCAGAGAUGCCAGAGUCCCGGAGAUGCGGACGUUUAUUGCAUAUCUGCAAAUGGCAAUGUUGCCCGUUCUUUUCAAGAUGGCGGCUGGCAUUCGACACGAGAAACGACAGCGUUCAGGAGUGAUGGCUUUUCCCGGCUGGUAAAAUAGUCUAGCUUAGAGAGUUUUGGCUAGCUCUUCCUGAGAUUAGGCAAUGCGAUUUUUCGAAGGAAUUGUGCAUGUCACAUGUUUGGUGUGUAUUCUAGUCCAGCAUGCUAAAUGAUUAUUCCUGACUGGAGAUUUUUGUGGUGUUGUGGAAGUGUGGACUACAGAAGCAGAUUGCUGAUUCAAAUGUGUUCUUGCAUUUCUUCUGUCGUGCAAGCUUCUACAUGUGCUGUACAUUUACAUUUGACUUCGAUUACUUUAGGUUAUUCACCACAUAGUUAAACUUUACUCAUGUCUUGGUGUUUCACAGCCAGGUGAAGUCUGACUUCAAUGCUGUCUAUUGUGCUCAUGGUUUUGUUGCAUCCAGCUGAUGAUUGGUGUGAUGAGCUGCUGCAUGCAGUCCAUCGUGCUGGUGUGGUGAGCUGCUUCUAUCCAGUAUGUGGUGCUGGUGUUAUCCUUAAUUGUUGCCUCUAGAUUACU